GUUCGUUGAACCCAGACUUUUCCCCUCACCGCCAUGGACGACGAGCAGCGACAGAACGAUGACUGGGCCAACAACCGAAACAACCGACUUCCCUCCUUCACUGAAGUUCUGUCCAGGAAAACCCGGCCACCGGUCGAUCUUUUCAUGUUUUAUCUGUUUCUACAGAGAGAAGGCGCUGAGGAUAUCCUUGACUUCUGGCUAGAUGUACAGCAGCAUGAAAAUCUCUGCCGUGCGUAUUUUAAGGACGUUAGAAAAUCCGGUCGCACCAUCAAGGAGGAUUGGCCCCAAUAUUGGGAUUACGCUCGUCGCCGUGGCUCAAUCUAUGGUACUGUCGUCGGUCUACAUCCUCAAGAUGCCCUUGCAACGAAGAGAAGCACCGCGAGUACAGGAGACAUGCUCAGCGAACAGGAUAAGCGAAACCUUGCAUCUCCAGAGGAGAAAGGUCGCUCAACUUCGCCACGGCCUGUGAUGUCCGAGCAAACUCACAUUGACUCGACCUCACCGAUCAAUGACCCGUUUGCGCGUUCUACGACACCUUUCUCGUUGUCAGGACGCACUCCAACCCUUUUCAAUAAACGCGCAUCACGCGCACCAACAGUCAUCCCACGAUCUUCAGCAAUCACGCGUCUAGAUUUAAUUGCUUCUGCAGAACGAAUCUACUACCGCUACCUCUCUCCUGCAGGUCAAGCGGUCAAUUCUGAGGAAAAUCACGAAAUAUACCUCCCUCCCUCUCUUCGUAUACAUUCUUUUCCUUUGAGCUCUUCGUCGGAACCCAAGACCCAAACCGAGCACGCGAUUAUGGCCCAGAUCCCUGACAUGUUCCAUGCUCAGAAGGAGUAUUGUUUCCGUGCCAUGGAGCAGGAUGCCUUCCCUCGCUUCUUACGAGCCAAGGCCUUUGGGAAUCUCACCCCAGUUUCAUCUCUUGUGAGACUCAUACUGGGAUUGAUAGUACUCUGGAUUGGGCUUGCCGUAGCCUUUUCACUGGUAUUCCUCGACGUUCAACCUAAAUCUAAACGAUUUUUUCUUUUCCUUCCGUUCACUGUCGCCAUCCUAUUCCUUAUUUCACACCAGUACGAACUCGACCCCAUCUUAGUCUUUCUCAGACAGUCCGAGACAACACCGUUCCGGACGCUCACUAUCCGAGAGCCAUAUGUCAAGAAGCUCUUACUUGGUCGUGCAAUAUGGGUAUCAGUACUGGUAGCAGCCUUUGUGACAGCAUUGACUAUGUUGUUCUGGGCCGUGCCUGGGCAUAGACUAUAACAAAUUUCACUUGGGUCUUUCCAUAACGAUUCUACAUGACCUCUUUCUUAUCGUCACUAUAUUAGUUAUUUCCGAAGUUUUCUCCUUGGUUCCUGUAUUGAUUAUCUCUUACCGUGUUAUCGUGUUGCAUGGUCCAUUAUUGAUCCGCUCCUCGUUCCUCCUCCACUUUUAGGAUACCCUCAGUCUACUACUAUGAACCACCCCUAACUUGACACUCUUUUAUCCCUCUCGCCUAUUAUUCUUGAUUUCUUCAUGCUGACGUUGGCAUUGUAGUUCUUCUAUCUCUGCAACCAAUCAGCUCGUCUCCGGUGCCGGAAACAACAGCCUCGGGUGUGGUCUGUCAGAUUGGUGACUUUGGUGGCAAGGUACGCCCGUGCCCAUCUGGACUUUCGGGCGUUCUACUAUGUGUAUUCUUCCCGGGGAAUCGAGUACAAUACAACGCUUAGAUCAACUAUUUAUUACACCAAUGCUCUGGUUCGCGACGGGGUGUGGUAGAGUAACGAUUCAAUAAAUUCUUGCCUUCGGUAAUGUCCAUAUUCUGA